AUGACCUCAAUCAACCCAAUGGAAGUCCUCUCCACAAAGCUCCAAGUUGGAUCGGCAGCUAGAGGUCCACUGGAUCAGCUUCGCCUCGUGAUCAGCCAGGAUGGCUUGGCCGGACUCUUCAAAGGAUACUGGUUUAACCUCAUACUUUGCAGCAAUCCAGCCAUCCAAAAUACGAUUUUUGACAAGAUCCAGGAAGCCAUGCUGCUGAGAAAAAAGCAGCGGGCCGCGUCAGCCAAAGUGUCGCUGACAUCAUUGGAAGUGUUCAUGCUCGGCGCUUUGGCUAAGGCCAUCGCCACCAUGAUUACUUUCCCGGUCACUCGCAUCAAGACCAUGCUGCAGGCGGGUGAGCCGCCUAUACCGGAAGAGGAGCGAGAACACAAUGACGACGAGAAGACGCAGGCUCCGCAAAUCCUGCGAAACCUCUCCUUCAGCCACAAGGCAUUGGAAGGGCAACGGCCACGAGAACGGCUUUGCGAACUGUACAGAGGGCUGCGGCCCACUUUGAUGAAGGGGGUUCUACAAGCGGCGCUGAUGUAUUUGGCGAAAGAUCAAGUUACAAAGAUUGUUGUGGCGUGCCUACGAGCAGUUGCAAAAAAAAGAAGACUGGUGGCUAAUUAG